GCUUCCGGUCAAACCUAACUAGUCGCCGUCUUCGCCGUGAGACCGCCAAAUGCUCCCACAGGCCACCUGCUUGGCAUCGGCGGCGGGUAGAUGUUGGCGAACGUCAGGUUGCCUUUUCGGAUCGAGCUUGAGAGAUGUCGUCAACUUUGCGUAGGUCUUAAUAUGGGAUCGAGAGGACGCCGUCGCUUCUUGCCUUUCUUCUUUUCCCCACCUUUAGCGUCACUCUCCUCCCUUUUCGUUCCCUUUGUCCCACUCACACGUCGCGGUGUUGCUGUGCACGCCCGGCCGUCGUCCCCUUCUCUCUCCCUUUAUCCAUUAACGACCAUCACGCAAGGAGCAGGUCUCCUCUGCUACGUUUACGACCCACGUUAGCGUUCACAACUACGAGCUUGGCUGGUCCACGACAGUGCUACGAAUCCACCUUCUCACGUCUUGACGACAUUCACGCUCCCUCCUCACUAGACACCUCCUCUUCCUCG